CGGCUCGCGCGGACGACGAGUCGCCCAUCGGCAAGGUCGGGGCAUACCCCGGGGGGCCGGCGGGUCAUCGGCGAGGGCCAGGAGUCCCAGAAGGUGUUCGAGGAGUUCUCCGAGUGGUGCGAGGAGAGGAGCAAGAACCUCGCCUACGACAUCAAGACGGGCAACACUGACGUCGCUUCUCUGAAGGCGACGAUCAGCGAGGAGGCCGCGAUGAUCGCCUCGCUCACCACCAAAACGGAGGAGCUGGUCUCUGCGAUCGCCACGGACGAGGCAGACCUGAAGGCUUCUACGUUCAUCAGGGAGAAAGAGUCCGCCGAUUCUUCAGCGGAGAAGGCCGAACUCAUGGAUAUCAUCGACACGCUGGAGAGGGCCAUCGGCAUCCUGGAGAGGCACGGCGCGUCCAUGCUGCAGCUGAAGAACGCGAAGAACGUGGCGCAGGCGCUGGACGUCAUGGUGGGCGCCUCCAUGUUCAGCCAGGCGGACGCGCAGCGGCUCACCGCGCUGGUGCAGGGCUCGGAGGAGGACGGCGGCGACAACCUGGGCGCGCCGAGCGCGGCCGUGUACGAGGGCCACAGCGGCGGCAUCGUCGCGACGCUGACGGACCUGCUCGAGAAGGCCCAGGCUCAGCUCAAGGAGGCGUCUGGAGCCGAGACCGCCAAUCUGCACAACUUCCAACAGCUCAAGCAGAGCAUCGAGGACGAGAUUGCCUACGGCAAGAAGGAGCUGGCCGAGGCGAAGGCCAACACGGCCUCGAGCGGGGAGAAGAAGGCGGCCGCGGAGGGAGACCUGCAGGCCACGAGCAGCGACCUCGCGGAGGACGUCAAGGUGCAGGCUGAUCUCCACCAGCAGUGCAUGACCACCGCCCAGGACUUCGAGGCCGAGGUCAGGAGCCGGGCGGAGGAGCUGAAGGCUCUCGCGGAGGCAAAGAAGGCCCUCACGGAGAACACGGGCGCGGCGGACGGGCUCGCGUACGGCUUGAACCAGGUGUCGUUCAUCCAGAAGCUCUCGACAGGCGCGGACCUGGCCCACUUCGAGGCGGUUCGCUACGUUCGCGACCUCGCCCGCAAGCAGAACUCCAAGGCUCUCGCGCAGCUCGCAUCGCGCAUGGCCUCCGCGAUGCGCAUGAGCUCGGGCAACGGGGAGGACCCCUUUGCGAAGGUGAAAGGACUCAUUCAGGACAUGAUCGAGAAGUUGGAAUCCGAGGCCGGCGCCGACGCUAAGCACAAGGCUUACUGCGACAAGGAGAUCGCGUACGCGGACGAGAAGAAGGCCAACCGCGUCUCGGAGAUCGAGAAGCUCACGACCAGCAUCGACCAGAUGUCCGCGAGGUCUGCUCAGCUCAAGGAGGAGAUCGCGGCGCUGGAGAAAGGCCUUGCCAACGUGGCCACGUCCCAGGCCGCGAUGGACAAGCUCCGGUCGGAAGAGCACGCGCAGUUCCUGGCAAACAAGGCGGACAUGGAGCAGGGCCUGGAGGGCGUCAAGAUGGCCCUUAAGAUCUUGACCGAAUAUUACGCCAAAGAGGGUAAAGACCACGGUGCCGCGCAGGGCUCUGGCGAGGGGAUCAUCGGCCUCUUAGAGGUCUGCGAGAGCGAUUUCUCCAAGGGCCUCGCCGAGUACGUCGGCGCGGAGCAGACCGCCGUGGCUGAGUACGAGCAGCAGACGAAGGACCACGAGGUGGAGACGGCGACGAAGCAGCAGGACGUAAAGUACAAGACUAAGGAGUCCAAGGACUUGGACAAGGCGACCGCUGAGGCCUCGUCCGACCGCUCUGGCGUCCAGACGGAGCUGGAGGCGGUGCAAAAGUACCUGGACAGCCUGCACUCGGGCUGCGACGAGUCCACCGAGCCCUACGAGGAGCAGGUCCGCCGCCGCACCGCGGAGAUUGCCGGAUUGAAGGAAGCGCUGUCCAUUCUCGAGGGCGAGGCCGUGCUCUUGCAGCAGUCCAGGCGUAAGUCCCGCCAAGUCGCAUCUUUGCGUGCUUCCGCGUGAGGAGAGGGCGCAUUGUGAACCUCAUCCAUCGCGCCG